GGAAGUCUCUAAGUAGAGGCUCCAAACAGCUCCAGAAACUUGUCAUUGUAGAUGUGCAAAAAGGAGUGUCAGAGGAAGGCACAAUGGCAGUGACUGAAGAGGAGGAGAACACAGCUGGUAUUACUACUGCUGCAGAUGAUUUAGUACAAGAGGGAGAGAUAAAUCCACCAUUAGCCAAACCUGACAUUGACUCAUCUGUACUUACACGUAGUGAAGAGGAGGCAAUACCUGCAACUGAUGAGCAACAGAGCAAGGAAAUGACAUCCCAGGUUUCUGAUCUCCAAAGAGUGACUGUGGUUUUAUUGGACCUGAAGAAAACCUAUCAUCAAAUCCAGGAUGAAACAGCAGCUGUUGAGGAGGGUGUUCCUGUAGAAAACACUGCUUUUGAGGAAAAAGAGGAGCAAAGGGGACAAACAAUGAAAGAGGAAGAAACAAUGGCAGAAGAACAUGUUCCUGUUUCUUCUGGGGAAAUAGGAAGAACUGAACUGGAGAAGGUGGUAUUGGAAGAGGAAGAGUUGGAGGAGAGCGUGAAAGAUGUAGUUACAACACAGGAAGAUACAGGGGAGAGCAGUGUUGAGGAGACAGAGACUAAAAAUGUUGAGGAGGAGGAGGAACCUAAAGUCACUGAGACCAGAAAAUGGAGAAGUACAAAACAUUCUGCCAAAGCUACACCAAAAUGCAAAUCAGCAAGAAGCAGAAAGAAGAUGGGUGAAGAGGAAAAGGAGGCAGCUUCAGAAAUGAGCGAAGAGGAACCAGUAGUUAAAGUCAGAGUUUUAAGGAGGGUAAGGAAGUCUAUACCUGUCACUCAAAGAUUUACUACAAGAGACCAAAAGCAACUCCAGAAAGAAGAAGGGGAGGGAGGAGAGAAAUCUACAGGAGUUGAGGAGAAAGAGGCAGAGGAAGAGGAAGAACAUAUUGAGGAACAUCAGAUGACUGAUCAGGAAAAGGGAGAAAGAACUGACAAAAAGGAUGCAACUCAACAAAUAGAAAAAAUAGAACCAGAAAUGGGCAUAGAGAAAGUGGAUACUAUGACAGAGGAAGUUGUCACACAACAAGAUGGUUCAGAGGAGGCACAGACUGGCAGUACUGAGACAGCUGCAGAUGGGAAUACAGAAUCUCCAGUUGGACAAAGUACUGAUGAGAGAAAAUGUUCAGAUGAUUUUGCACAGGAACCAGUUACAACACAAGAUACAGUGGAGGGGGAUCAGUCCAUCUCCACAUCUGAAGUGGCAGAAACUGCAGCUGGAGAAAGUGCACAAAAGACACCACUCACAGCAAAGGACAACAAGGAAAUAUUUGUCUCUGAGGAGGAAGAAGAUUCAGUUAUUGAAACAAGAAUCCUGAAAAUUGGGGAAAAGGCAGUGAGAACCAAACCACAAAGCAAAAACACAAAAAGACAAGAUGAAGAGCAAGAUGUGGAGACAACAGGAAAUGAAAGCACAGACAAAGAUGAACUAGCAGUAGAAACAAGAGUUCUGAGGAAAGGAAGAAGGUCUGCUCAUGGCACACCUAGACAUGAAUCCAAAAGACACCACACACAGUGUCAGCCAGAGGAAGAUCCAGAAGAGGUAACUACUCCAGCUGAAGGAGAGGAAGCUAAAGCUGAUGAGAAUGAAAGCAGCAGUGAUGACAAAAAAGAUGAGGAGGCUAUAGCUCAGAGAGAAGAAAAUACAGAGCCAGAAUAUGAUAUGGAAAUUGUAGAAACUGUGGCAGAGGAAUCAUGCACAGAGCAAGAGACAGUGGAAGGGGAACAGUCUGCUGUUUUACAGACAUAUGCAAAUGAACAGGGAAAAGGACGGGGAAGUGGUGAAGAGACCGCUAAUACAAAUAAGGGAAAUGUUACUGAUGUGGAGGAAGCAGCAGUUGUUGAAUCCAGAGUUCUCAGAAGUGUCAAGAAGACAGUAAAAGCCACACCAAGAUCCAAAACCACAAAAAGCCAGCAGCAGGAAAACGAAAAAGAGGGGAAAGAGGUGGAAAGGUGUGCUGAUACAGAUGAGCCACAAGAAACAAGAACUCUGAGGAAGGUGAGGAGUUCUGCUCCUGCCACACCUAGACAUAAAUCCAAAAGGAUUUGUACACAGUCUCAGCCAGAAAAAGAGGCAGAAGAAGUAACUUCUCCAGCCGAAGAGACUGAAGGAGAAGAGGGGCAGGAGUCAUUUGAGCAGAAAAUGGAGAAGGCUGAGGAAGAGGGGAAGUGUAUGGAAAUGGAGGUGGAGAAAAAGAAAGAUUUGGAAGAUGAACAAGUUGAGAAUUCAGCUGGAGGAGAAUCUGUUGUGGAAGAUGCAGGACAGAUGAAGGACGUCUUGACAGAGGGAACAGCAGUGCCUGAAAAGGAAGACAACAGCAUGGGAGCUAUGGAUAAGACCAGAACUGACACAGUCCAGAUAUCAUCAGAUGCAGCAGAAGGGACAAACUCUGCUGAGGAAAAGGACAAGACUGGACAAGAGGCGGAUCCUCCAGCUGAGGAUAUUGCAAAGGAAAUGGUUGAGGAAAAAGCAGAUUUGAUCAACAACAGAGUACUAGAGCCAGCUCCUGAAGAAUCAGCAACAGAAGAAACUCAGUCACCAGAGGAGGAGUCCUCUGGUGAAAGUCAAGAAGAUAAAACUGUAGACUCCUCGGUAGUAGAAGGCAGAAAUCUGAAAAGGAUGAGGAAAACUGCAAACGGAGAACAGGACGAAACAGAGGAAAGAGGAAAAAGACCAAGAGUGGAUUACAGGGAAGACGAGGAGGAGGAUGGGGGAGGUGGGACUGAGGCGGCCGCUGACAAGGAGAACGAGGAUAAAGCAGAAUCAGAUGAAGAUCAAGACAAAAAGAAAGCUGAAUAUUUUGCUGAUGAACAGAGGGAGGAGCUACAGGAAAGCAAAAAAGAAGAAAACUUAGAGAAAGACAUGGGAGCUGUUGAGAGUAGUAGUGAAAAGGGGCCCACUCUCACUUUAGUAUUGAAUACAGAUGGAGAGGUAGAAGCAGCAGCUGUUAGUCAAGAGCAUGAGGAAGAUGAGCUGAAUAUUUUAGAGGAGGAGGUGGAGCCUAUAGUGAUUGGGAAGAGAGUUUUAAGAGGGAGGUCAGUUCCUUCAAUAAUAAUCACACCCCGAUCUAAACCCAGACAUCGCAGUGCUACAGUUCAAAAAGCAGAGGAGUCUGAUGAAGAAAAGAGCCCUCAGUCAGCUCGGAAAAGAAGUCUCCGAAAGAGAAAAAGUACUAAGGUAACAUCAACUCACAAAUCUGAGCGUCACAGCAGAGUUUAGGGUGAUCUGAAUCCUAUGAUUGACAUUUACACCAAAAUACAUUAAGUAGUGUACAAUUACAAAAUUGGGAAAAUGUGACAAAAUAAUAAGAUAAAAUAAAAUAAAAAAGUCUACUCUGCCAAAGUUACAGCUUCCAUUUAAAGUUUGUCUACAAUUAGAAAAUUUGUCAAAGUUUCCCCUUCACUGUGAACCUGACCCAGGGACUCUGUAUUGCACUGGGACAGACUAAAACGUGCCAUCAUGAUCAUUUACCUCUAUUAUCAUACAUACAAAUUUGAGUGGAAAAAAAAACAAAUCUCAAAAUAUUGUCAGGAAGUUUUUAUGCUUGGCUCAGGUGGAAAACUUGACGCAUUGAUAAAAGCAAAAUACAACAAAUUGCAAAGGAAACAUCCAUCCAUCCAUUAUCCAUACUGCUUAUCUGUUAAAGGUCGCGGGAGGCUGGAGCCUAUCCCAACUGACAUUGGGCCAGUCCAUCACAGGGCCAACACAUAUAAACAAACAAACAUUCACACCUACAGGUAAUUUAGAGUCACCGAUUAACCAAACGUGCAUGUCUUUGGACUGUGGGAGGAAGCCGGAGUACCCGGAGAGAAUCCACACAGGCACAGGGAGAACAUGCAAACUCUGCACAGAAAAGCCCCAGGCUCGAACCCAGAACUUUCUUGCUGUGAGACAACAGUGCUAACCACUGCACCACUGUGCUGCAAAGGAAACAGCCUUAGCAAAUUAAUUCUACAUUCCUUAAAUUAACACAGAAAACAAACAAAAUUUUAUACAUCCAAUGUUUUCUCACCUUAUGAGGUUUGACUGGUGCUAUUUUAAUUGCAUCAUCAUGUUGCACACUCUUCUGUUUUCAGUGGUUUAAUAUCACCUGACUCAGGAAUUAGCUCCACUAACUGGAUGGAAACAUUACUUAUUUGCAUUUCAUGAAUUUCUCAAAACUUUGGUUGAAGACCCCAGAUCUUCCACUAAAAGAAAAUAAAAUUCUGCGUCACCACCAUAUGCUGUUAAUCCUUAGAACAGUACGGCCAUGUUCAGACAGAUGAUAAAAAAAUCCAUUCUCCCCCUCUCUAUAAGAUCCAGUGACAUACUAUGAGAGUAGCCCUUUGCAGUGGUGACAGAGAAGCUUUGGCAAAAAAAGUUCCUUAUUACCUCUCAGUCAUUGAGAUGGAGGGUAAAAUGAUUGCCAUGGUGAUACCUUCCCAGAAAUCCUGUCUCAUAGUAUUACCUGGCACUCCCACCCUGUCCUAAUCUUCUCCAGAACUGUUCUCAAAUAUUCAUUUUCAGUACUGGGAGACUUGCAGAGCUUCUGCAGUAGCUAAGAGAUCAGUUCUAUUUGACCUAUUUAAGGCAGCAGUAUUCCACAGAUGUAUAAUAAAACCAAAGCUACCAAAACCAAAGAAAAAGAUUUUAGAGCCACACAUGAUGGUCUAUUGUUUCUGCAACUUCAGACUUAUUAGUCUGAGAUUUUGAGUGUGUUGCCUUUUUCUGGUUUGUAUAUAAUUCAAUAUAUCAAAUUCAAUAUCAAUUGAAUUUUUGAUUUAAAACACCAAGUUUCAUUACAAAGAGUUCACUGCAGUCUGGUCACAAAUACACAUAUAUAUAUGAACAAGCCAUAAUCAGCAUUUUAAUAAGAAUUCUUACAAGUGGUGAACUGAUAUUUUUAUAAUUUAGAUAUAUUUUCCUAUAUUCUAUUAAAAUGUGAAUCUGGACAAAAAAUGUCCCAUACAGACUCAGCAGCCUACCAUGUGUACAAAAACUCCCCCAUCUGUAUAGAAUGUAGGAAGACACACAUUGGCAUGGUUGAACCACAAAUGGCUCCAACAGUCCAAAGAUAUGUAGAUUAGUUUAAUUUGCAACUCUAAAUUACUCAUAGGUGUGAAUGUGCAACCUGUAAAAGGUGUACCCUGCCUCUCACCCUCUGUCAGCAAGUCCUCCUCCACCCUCAAAGGAUAAGUGAUAUAGCUGAUGGAUGGAUGAAUAACAUAUUCUUGCUUUGCAACUCUCCACAGGACUCAGGUUGUAAUAUUAACAUUCUCUUUUUAUCUCAGUUUCUCUGAUUUUAUUUUAAGCAUCUCAUAUGUAUUACUUUUUUUAAAACUAACUUUGUGAACUAAGCAUUAUACCAUGUAGAGAGGACAAUUUUUUUCAAGUCAUCACAUAGCCAGUGUCAUCAGUCAUGUUUUAAUAAAGAGAUAUUAUCUAUUCCAAAUUAUUCCUUGUGUUAUCAAUGUCACUUUCAGUGUCCAUGUUGUGUCUAUUAUUUGGAACUUGGAAGCUAACAAUAAUUAAGCAGUAUGAUCUAAAGCUCUGAUCUUUUACAAAUGUAUUUUGUGCUUAAUAGCAGCCACCAUUUAGGUCAUAAGGCAAUAACCUUCAGUCAUUUAACGUCAUUAACUGCAUUUAUUUUUCCUCUCAUAAUGUUUUCUGUGGAGUAAUCUUUCUCUGUAAAGUUAUUUUUCCAUAAUCUGAGAUUCCUAUUUUUGUGGCAAAUAAAGAUUUCUGAAGAUAGUA